AUGCCCAGUUUUCUCUUGUCUCACCUGCUGGGCAUAUGGCUGCUGCUCGACCAGCUCCCCAGAGCUCGCUCACUCAAGGACACAGACAGAGUGAAGCUAUGUGGCCGUGAAUUAAUACACUUCCUGAUUCAACUCUGUGGAGAAGUGAGCUGGAGGAGAGGUUUCAGUGGAACUCUGCCAUCACCGAAGUCCAUCGUGGCUGAAGAUAAUGUAUCAUCCUACAUCAACCAUGACACAGAAAUGUUAAAUAAGAUACCAGAAGUCACUCCUAAUUUUCUAAAGGAAGGGAUGGCAAAUGAAGAACCUACAGAAGUGAUGAAGAACAGAGCAAAUGGAGCAGGAGAUGACAGCCUUUCAAAAUUAAAAGGUUUUGGCUUAGAAAAACUUUCCCGACCAAAGACAAGGCAAGAAGGUCUGGUUGUCAAGUGUUGUAAACAAGGGUGUCGCAUAAAAGAAUUAAAAGCAGCAUGUUAG